AACAAAACAAAAACACAAAAAUACCACACUCAGUUGAGAUCCAACCUAGUAACGAAUAAGACGUAUCCAUUAGAACCAAAACCAUCACCACUUGUGUACCAAAAAAUUUUCAAAAAAUAUAUCUUUUUUUGAACUCGUGUUGUCUAUAUUCUGGUGUAUUUUUGUCUACAUCUUGUGUCGCGUCGACUUUAAUAUAUCUUUAUCCCCAGUGAAAUACUAAAAAAAAUUCAAAAAUCUGUAAAAAUGGUUUCCCUACAACAAAGUGUUCUCAUCCUUGCCGCUUUAGCUGCAUUUGUAUCUUCGGCCUACGCCAUCAAUUGCUAUCAAUGCGAAUCCGGUCUCGAUGAGAAAUGCGGUGAGCAAUUCAAUGCUGAGGGUGUCCAUAAGGCUGAUUGCUCCAGGGUGCCAGUGCCAAGGUUCUUACAAAAUUUGUUACCAAUCAAAAAUGCAACUGGUUGCAUGAAGACUGUCAAUGAAGUAAGUGGAGCUAAACACAUCAUCCGUACUUGCUAUUUCGGUGAUGUUAAAUCAACAUCUUCAGGAUGCCAAUCAGAUCCAUCUCUGCCAUAUGUCAAACAAAUUUCAUGUGACGUUUGUACGGACAACUUGUGCAAUGGAUCCUCCGUCACUGGACCAAUCGCUCUAACAAUCGCCAUGUUUGCCUUAGUCGCUCGCAUGCUCUAUUAAAUUUUAUUCUUAAGACAAAAAUAAAUGUAUUUAUUUUUUUUUUUAGUUUUAUUUCUACUUUACGAUACAAAAAAAAAAACAUAAUUUUUCAAAAAAAAUACAAAUUCCAAAUUUUUAUUUUUAGCUCUGAGAAAAAAAAGAAGAAAAGUUAAUAAACCAGUGACGCUAAUUUAAAUUUUGUUUUGAUUCGAUUUUGUUUGGAUUUUGAUUUUUUUUUUUUCUUCUUUUCUAUAAUUCUUAUGCAAACAUUACACACAGCGGCUGAUACAAUGUUACACUGUAAAUAAUAAAAUUAUUUUAGAAAUAAUGUUUAAAUUGAAAAAAAAAAAAAACAGAAGAAAAAAAUGUUUGUACGAUUUUAAAUUUUAUACAACACACGAGCUGUUUUAUUUAAAUAAAGUUACAAAAAUCACCAAAUAA